AGGUAAUGAUGUUUCUAUUUAAUUGUAUGAAGAAAAUAAUUGCUGAACUACUUUAAAUAUAUUAUAAACAGUUGUUUUAAAAAGAAAAAUAUAAUUGUUCGUUCUUUCGUACUCUUAUAAAUAUUUAAAGUAUUUGGACAGUGAGGGAAACUGUCAUAAAGAUGCCACUUCAAUUGCAAGACCCUCUGUUUCAGAAUGCAAUCGAGCCUAUGCAAGUGGAUGCCCCACCUGAAGACAAUGAAAACAAUGAAGAAGAAAAUUAUGUUGUUGAAAAUCCCACUUUAGAUUUAGAGGCUUACGCUAACAGCUACACAGGCUUAGCAAAGCUCUACCGCCUUAUGUAUAUCGUAGAUCACUGUCCUUCCCUUCGUUUAGAAGCCCUGAAGAUGGCAAUAUCUUAUGUCAUGACCACAUACAAUGUAGGUUUAUAUCAAGUGUUACAUCAAAAACUUGCAGAACUGACAAGUUGUUCUGGGUUACCAGAUGUGGCAUCCCAAUCCACGUCACAAGACAUACCUACAAUUGAUCAGUCUUGGAUGGAGACCAUGUCCAAGAAAGCAGCCCAUAAGCUAGAGAAAUUAGAUAAUGAUUUAAAAAACUACAAAUCAAAUUCUAUAAAGGAGAGCAUAAGAAGAGGUCAUGAUGAUCUGGGUGAUCAUUAUUUGGACUGUGGGGACCUUUCAAGUGCCUUAAAAUGCUACUCAAGGGCUAGAGAUUAUUGCACCAGUGGCAAGCACGUAAUCAACAUGUGCUUGAACGUAAUUAAAGUGUCAGUAUAUUUGCAAAAUUGGUCUCAUGUAUUGAGCUAUGUCUCCAAGGCAGAAAGUACCCCUGACUUUACAGAAUCAACAGCCAAAGAUUCCAACCAAGUUAUUCUAACUAAAUUGAAAUGUGCUGCAGGAUUGGCAGAGUUAGCAACAAGACAAUACAAAUCUGCAGCCAAACACUUCUUGCUAGCUAAUUUAGACCAUUGCGAUUUCCCAGAGCUCUUGUCUCCUAAUAACGUGGCUAUGUACGGAGGCCUGUGCGCCCUUGCAACCUUUGAUAGACAUGAAUUACAAAAGAAAGUAAUUUUUAGUAGCUCAUUUAAGUUGUUUUUAGAAUUGGAACCACAGCUACGAGACAUUAUCUUUAAGUUCUAUGAAUCAAAAUAUGCCUCCUGCCUGAAACUGUUGGAUGAAAUUAAAGACAACUUAUUGCUAGACAUGUACAUUGCGCCACACAUCAAUACCUUGUACACUCAGAUCAGAAAUCGAGCAUUGAUUCAAUACUUUAGUCCGUAUCUGUCUGCAGAUAUGCAUAAAAUGGCUUCAGCUUUCAACAGAACUGUUACUGCUUUAGAAGAUGAGCUUAUGCAGCUUAUUUUAGAUGGACAGAUACAGGCAAGGAUAGAUUCACACAAUAAAAUUCUUUUUGCUAAAGAUGUGGAUCAGAGAAGCACCACUUUUGAAAAGAGCCUUCAAAUGGGCAAAGAAUACCAGAGAAGAACUAGAAUGCUUAUACUGAGAGCAGCAGUAUUGAAAAGUAAAAUUCAAGUGAGGAGCCCUAGAAGGGGAGAAGCUGCAGGACAAACUGAAGAAAUCACUAUUGCUCCUGGUACUAGCUCUAGUUUGCCUGUGUUUUGAAGUUCUCUAGUUUAAUUUUUCUUUCUAUAAUUUAUAAUAAAUCAGAUUACU